AUGCACAUUAUCAAACUACCGUGGCUAGGCCACAGAGCGGAAAACAAGUUCAUUGAGUGCUAUGCCAUCAGUGUCAAUCACAAUGGUACCAAGGUCGCUACCGGAGGACUAGAUGGAAACGUCAAGAUAUGGGACACCCAACUGAUUCUACGAUACAAGAACUACAAAGAAGAGGAUGAGAAAAAAGGUGACCCUAGUGACCGCAUGGACAUCAUUGAACUGUCCCAUAACCUUAAAAGGCCCAUCGCGUCAAUGUCCCGACACAACGGUGCGGUGACAUGCGUGAAAUUCUCGCCAGACGGCAAGUUUCUAGCAUCUGGUUCCGACGACAAGAUCGUGCUCAUUUGGGAGAAGGAUGAGGAACUGACAAACAGGCCAAAGCAGUUUGGAGAGACCGAGGCUGACUUGGAGCAUUGGAUGGUGCGCAAGAGGCUAGUGGCCCACGACAAUGAUGUUCAGGACAUUUGCUGGUCGCCAGAUGGGUCAUUAUUAAUCACGGUAGGGUUAGACCGCUCGAUUAUUAUAUGGAGUGGGACAACUUUUGAGAGAAUAAAGAGGUACGAUAUCCACCAGUCGAUGGUCAAAGGUAUUGUUUUCGAUCCAGCUAACAAGUUCUUCGCUACAGCCUCUGACGAUCGAACGGUGAGAAUUUUUCGGUACUCUAGAAAAGUCAACGAUGUAUCUGCUAACAAUUAUGAGUUCCAGGUGGAGCACAUUGUCAUGGACCCAUUCAAGAAAUCGCCUCUCACGUCAUACUUUCGCAGAAUGUCGUGGUCGCCUGACGGUCAACAUAUUGCAGUGCCAAAUGCAACAAAUGGCCCAGUGACUGCUGUAGUCAUCAUCAAUAGAGGCAACUGGGCUACAGAUGUCACGCUUAUUGGUCAUGAAGCUCCCUGUGAGGUUUGCUCCUUUUCUCCAAGACUAUUUCGCCUGGAUGAUGGGAAGAAAGAUAAGUAUAUGACUAUUUUGGCAACAGGUGGACAGGAUAGAACACUAGCUAUAUGGAGCACCGGUUGCACAAAGCCCUUGGUCGUGGCAGAAGAGAUUGUGGGAAAUGCGAUCACAGAUAUCUGCUGGGCGCCCGAUGGUCAGUCUCUAUUUUUGACUUCUCUAGACGGUUCAGUUACUUGUGUCAUGUUCGAGGAGAAUGAGUUUGGUGAAGUUGUGGCCGAGGAUGUCAAUGACUCUCAAUUGCUACGGUACGGAGGCGACAGAGAGCUGGCAGUCUUUGCAGAAAGCACCGAGCAACUCGAGCUCGAGGCACUUGCAACUGCUGAGGGUAGAAUUGUCACUCCGCGUCAGAUUACACCGAAGCCCGAAAGUAAGCUGAGAACUGAUGAUGACUUUACCACAGCGCCAUCCACACCUCAACGACCUAAGGAUAAUGAUCCUUCUCCAAAAAAAAUUAACAAUCUCACUCAAACGGUUAGAAUCACUAAGGACGGUAAAAAGAGAGUUGCUCCAAUGCUAAUUUCAUCCUCCUCUGCUACAACAAAGCCUAGCUCUCUAUUGCAACCCGUAUCGAAAGGGGCAAAAAAGUUUGAUAUCAGUAACAAACUUUCUCAAACACCGUACCAUUUACCGCGUUUGGGGGUCCAGACUAGUGUUCAUGGACUAAGGAAACGUGAUCAAAGAACGGGAGACACAGAGCAGAGGAGUAACGAGGACCCAGAUAACGAUAAUGAGGAUAUUGGCUUAGAUGACAUCACCACUGUUGGGACAAGCCAAACAGGUGUUUCCUACCGAAAGCAAGCGAAAAGAUAUAGAAGAUGGCUCAUGAUUCACAAGUACCCGACGCCGUUUAAAUAUAUUUCUGAUUUGCCCAAUGUGCUAUUCAGAAACGCUGCCGCAAUGAAUCACGAACUUGGCAAUCUACUUCAGAAAAAAGAUCUCACCAGCACUCAAGAAUUGAUUAAUCCUUCCUCCAUUGAUGCAAUAGAUGAAAAUAUUCUUUUUCAGGUUGUUGUGCAAUCCAUACAGCACGUAUCCGGAUCGCUGAGAGACGAAUUACUUGAUGAAGUUUUGAAUGGUGAUAAUGAUCAACUUGUGACGUCGCUUGUGGAGAUCAGAAACGGUACUGCCUGGCCUGAGGAUGACGACUCAGUAAAUGUGGACCUUGGGCAAAGGUUGGACUUUCAGGAUCCAACCCAAGUUAUCGUCACAAAUGACGUUAGAGAUGGACAAAGAACCUAUAUUCUUUAUUUCCUGUUUAGAAUACAGCAAGUCAUUCCAAUCAUUUUGGAAUCAUGUCUUCACCUUUAUGUGUUGAUCUCCUUUGAUGGCGCUCUUCAGUUUAUUCGAGCUGAGACUGGAAGCUACAUAACACCCCUUCUUGAACUUGGAAGCAACGUUAUUUUUUCCAAGCAACGCGGUCCCCACAUCUUAGUUCUCACAAGCUCAGGUCUCAUAUACAUGUGGCAUUUGCUGACCAACGGAGGGCAUAGACUAAAGGUUAUACUCAGUGGCGAAUCAAUAGCAUCAGUUCUUAAUAGUGAGACAAACCUCCCCAAGGUCGAUCCUGAGGCUGUCAAGAGAGGUGAGUUUCCAUCCGUGGUUGUCGAUGUCGUCAAAUCAAUUGAUGUUGAUGCAUCAGACGGAAUGCCAUAUAUAAUCAUGACACACUCAAACUCUGUCUACAAGUUUUCCCUCGAAAUGAGAGUGUGGUUGAAAGUUGUCGAUCCUUGGUAUUUCUUAGCGUUGACUGAAGCAGAGGUUUACCUGAGGAGCCCAAUCUUUCAGAACCUUUUACGAAAGACUUACACGAACACUCAGGAAUUGGUAGAGAGGGGACAACAAAGUAGGUAUACAUUUGACGAAGAUAAUGAUGAGCUCAAGCGCACCAUGCAAGAGCGAUUUAAAGAACUUGUGGAGUUAUGCUAA